AUGGCGGCCGUGGGGCCAUCAGAGAGGCGUGUACACAUGAGGGACUUGGUGACCGGUAGCUUGGAUGACUGCGCUUGUGAUGUGGAGGCAAUUGAUGCCUUCAACAAUGAGCGACCCUUGCCCAAACUUCAGAAACUGCUUAAGUCCGUCUAGUUCAGAUUUUAUAAGGUGAACCUGAAUAAGCCUUGUUCAUUCUGGACAGACAAAAGCCUCUGUGGACAUAGGAACUGUGCCGUGAUACCGUGCACACCAAAUGAGGUUCCAGAGGGAGUGAAAACAAAUCAGUACUUAGCAGAAGUGAACAACCACGAUAGUGAGAAGGCUGAGAAGCUUGGAGUGGUGGACAGCUCGUGUAGUGAGGAGACCAGGCAGUCCCUCCUGGAAUAGAACAAGCACGAUGACGAGGCAAAGCGCUUCUGUGUGAUUGAUGAUGAGGAUGAGGAAUCUCCUGAUUCCCAGUAUGUAGAUCUACUGUUGAAUCCAGAGCACUUCACAGGAUACAAAGGGCCAGAAGCCUGGCAAAUCUGGAACAGCACCUAUGAGGAGAACUGCUUAAAACCAUACACUGUGAAGCGGACUUUAAAUCCUAUGGUAUCUUACAGUCACAACUGGUUCCAGAAGAAGUGAGUUCACAACGUCGCCGAGUUCCAGCAACGCUUCAACGUCCAGCUGACCAAUGGCGAGAGCCCAAAGAGGCUGCGCGACCUCUACUUCCUCUACCUGAUGGAACAGCGUGCACUGGCCAAGUUCUGCCUCUCCUCCAGCUGUACACUGGCCAGCCCACCCAGGAACCAACGACACAAACUCCUGCUCCUAGAGCUCUUCCAGGUGGCUAAGUCUUUCCCUCUGCACUUUGAUGAGACAUCUCUGUUUGCUGGGAAUAUGGAAGAAGAUGCCACGCUCAAGGAGGACUUUAGGCUGACCUUCUGCAACAUCUCCAGGAUAAUGGGCUGCAUGGGCUGCGUUAAGUGCAGGCUCUGGGGCAAACUGCAGACCCAAGGGUUAGGCACAGCCCUGAAGAUCUUGUUUUCCGAGCGACAGAUCGAGGCCAAAUCCAGCAGUGGCCAGCCCAUUUUCCAGCUCAGCUGCCAAGAGAUAUUGUCCCUCAUCAUUGCCUUUGGAAGAUGA